AUGGCUAGUCCUCCUGUUCUAGCUUUCGACGCCGAGGGCCGUCCGGUCAAAUUCGAAACCUGGCUAGAUGACCUGCACCUUUUCCUACAGCUCACUGCCAAGGAAGAUAUUACACUGUACGACCACGCUCUCGGCCAUGCGACCGCCCCACUCGCUACUGCCCCCCCAGCUGAGCGCUCACAGUGGCAGACCCGUGACGCGCACGCUCGCUUUGCUAUUCGCAACUCCCUGCCGCUAGAUGAGCGCGAGCACUUCGGCCAGUGCAAGACUGCUAAGGACCUCUACACAGCUGUAGUGGCCCGCUACUCCUCACCCGCUUCUGCCACACUAGGCCGCCUCACUCUCCCCUACCUGUUCCCCGACCUAGCCUCUUUUCACACUGUCGCAGACCUCAUCACCCACCUUAAGACUAGUGAGGCUCGCUUUCGCGCUGCCAUGCCUGAUGAGUUCCUCGCUAGCAACCCCCCCCCGCUCUGGAUCACUCUCUACCACGUUGUCACCCGCCUCCCUGACUCUCUGCGCCCUGUCAGGGACCAGUUCCUCUCUCGCUCCCCCACUGAGCUCACCAUAGCCCUCCUCGAGAAGGAACUGCUUGCAGCCGAGGCUAGUAUCGUCGCUGUAGGCACCUCUCGUGGCGACCCUCGCGGCCCCUUCUUCGAGGGGUGCUCCCCUUCCCCCCUCCUCCCCUCUGUCGCCUCUGCUGCUGCUGUCGACCUCCUUGGUGCUGAGAAGGUCGGGGCUGCGUCUGCUUCAGGCGGACGACGCAGGGGCAGGAGUGGCAGGAGUGGGGGUGGUGGCGGAGGAGGCGGGGGUGGAGGUGGUGGCGGUGGAGGUGCGACUGGAGAGGCUAGUGGCGGCGGUGGUGGAGGUGACAGCGGUGUUGGGAGUGGUGACAGGGGCGGAGGUGGCAGCGGAGGCGGAGGUGGUCGUGGCAGCGGCAGGGGUGGAGGUGGCCGGGGCGGAGGCGGAGGGGGUGGUGGUCGUGGAGGCCCGGGGGGCGGUCAGAGUCAGCAGCCUGCCCCGACCCUUCAGGCCGCCCGUGAGUGGUAUGCGCGGCGCAGCGUCACCUGUCAGUACGUUAUUCGUACAGGUGACCGCACUGGCCAGACGUGUGGGGGGCCGCACCAGACGGAGCGCUGCUUCGCCCGCCUCAACGAUGCGUGGCGCACUCAGUUUCCUGGUGGGGGUGAGCUGCCGCGCUGGGCUGAUCUGCUCAGGAAGGGUGUUGAUAUUUGGGCACUUGACUUUGAUGCUAUUCUCACUGCCAUGUAUGCGAUGUCUAUUAGUGGAGAGGGUGCUCAGUACUUGCGUGUUCCGCCCGACCCGGGCAUUCAGGCCAGCCCCGCUGCUGCUCUAGGUGCUAGUGUGUCUGCUUCCGCAGGUACUUCUGCAGCUGCUGCUCUAGGUGCUUGUGCGUCUGUGCCCCCUGGUACUGAGUCGACUGCAGCACUGCACACCUUCACACUGGACUCAGGUGCUUCUCGCUCUUUCUUUCGUGACCGCACUGUCCUUGAGCCUCUAGCUCGGCCGGUUGCUGUCUCUCUUGCUGACCCCUCUGGGGGUCCGGUCCUUGCGACCUCCUCCACCACCCUUCCGUGUCCAGCGGUUCCGUCCGGCACGCUCUCAGGUCUCUACCUCCCCUCGUUCUCCACGAACUUGGUGGCAGGUAGUGCGCUCCAGGACUCGGGUGUUCACCAGUUCACCCCUGCCUACGAGCGUGUGACUCACUGCACGUGUGCUCGGACGGGCCGCCACCUAGCUACUUUCACUCGAGAGCCGGGGUCUGACCUGUACACACUGACCACUGAGUCCCCUCAGGUAGCUGCGUCUGCGUCAGCGUCAGGUCAGCUGUCCGCCCCCUGCUCGUGUCGCUCUCUGGCGAACGACACCGUCCUCUGGCACCACCGCCUUGGUCACCCGUCUGUGCAGCGCCUGCGGGCCAUGCACAAACGGGACCUUGUUGCUGGUCUUCCCAGGGUGCUCCCUCCCCUUCCUGACUCCCCUGCUCCUGACUGCAUUCCCUGUGUCGAGGGGCGGCAGCGCGCCGCUCCUCACUCCUCCUCCUUUCCCCCGACGACCGCUCCCCUGCAGACGCUCCACAUGGACGUGUGGGGCCCGGCCCGCGUCCGUGGUCAGGGUCAGGAGAGGUACUUCCUGAUAGUUGUUGACGACUACUCGCGCUACACCACGGUCUUCCCCUUGCGCGCCAAGGGUGACGUCCCUGGUGUUUUGAUCCCCUGGAUCAGCCGAGCCCGUCUCCAGCUAGGCGAGCGCUUUCACUCGGACUUUCCUGUCCUGCGCUUGCACUCUGACAGGGGUGGUGAGUUCGCCUCCGACCUCUUGGCAGCCUACUGUGCUGAGCACGGCAUUGAGCAGUCGUACACGCUUCCGGCCUCUCCACAGCAGAAUGGGGUUGCUGAGCGCCGCAUUGGCUUAGUCAUGGAGGUCGCUCGUACCUCCCUGACCCAUGCGGCUGCUCCCCACUUUCUGUGGCCGUUUGCGGUCCGGUACGCAGCGCAUCAGCUCAACCUCUGGCCCCGUGUCUCCUUGCCGGAGACUUCCCCGACUCUACGGUGGACGGGAGAGGUUGGCGAUGCGUCGCGUUUCCGGGUCUGGGGAUCUCGAGCUUUUGUCCGCGACACGUCCGCGGACAAGCUCUCGCGUCGCACUGUUCCCUGUGUCUUUCUUGGCUUUGUUCCCGACGCGCCUGGAUGGCAGUUUUACCACGUCACCUCGCGCCGGGUUCUGGCCUCUCAGGACGUCACUUUUGACGAGUCCGUCCCCUUCUACCGCCUCUUCCCCUACCGCACUGCCCCGCUCCCCCCCCCACCUCUCUUCCUCGCUCCAGGUGCUGAGGUACCAGACCCCCUCCCCCCUCAGGGUGCCGCUCCCUCAGGUGUGUCCCAGGUAGACCCGGGUGAGCCUGUCGAGGUAGCUGUUGACUCGCGUCCUGAGCCUGGGAGUGCUGCGUUUGAGGGUGCGGAGCCUGGGGGUGCUGAGCCUGGAGGUGCGGAGCCUGGGGGUGCUGAGCCUGGAGGUGCGGAGCCUGGAGGUGCGGAGCCUGGAGGUACUGAGCCUGGAGGUGUGGAGCCUGGGGGUGCUGAGCCUGGAGGUUCGGAGCCUGGGGGUGCUGAGCCUGGAGGUGCGGAGCCUGGAGGUGCGGAGCCUGGAGGUACUGAGCCUGGAGGUGUGGAGCCUGGGGGUGCUGAGCCUGGAGGUGCGGAGCCUGGAGGUGCGGAGCCUGGAGGUGCUGAGUCUGGGGGUGCUGAGUCUGGGGGUACUGAGCCUGAGCGUGCUCCACCUGGAGGAGACCCCUCCUCCCAGCAGCUGCAGGAGAGGUACCUCGAGUACUGCCGCCUCCGGAGAGGUGCUUCUGGAGCUCGUCCCGGUACUUCCCCUCCUACCCAGGAGCUCCCCCCCAUUCAGGUGAUCCGCGAGUGGUACACGCGGCGCUGCAGUCUUCGUAGUGGUGCUCCUGGUACUGCGGACCCGAGCGGUGGUGCUGUUGCUGGUGCUGAGGACCCGGACGCUGGAGCUGCUGCUGGUGCUGAGGACACGGGGGCUGGAGCUGCUGCUGGUGCUGAGGACCCGGACGUUGGAGCUGCUGCUGGUGCUGAGGACCCGACCGGUGGCGCUGCUGCUGGUGCUGAGGACCUGACCAGUGGCCCUGCUGCUGGUGUUGAGGACCCGGGCGUUGGAGCUGCUGCUGGUGCUGAGGACCCGACCGGUGGUGCUGCUGCUGGUGCUGAGGACUCGGGCGUUGGAGCUGCUGCUGGUGCUGAGGACUCGGGCGUUGGGGCUGCCACUGGUGUCCCUGCUGCUUCUGGAGACGCUGCGCGGCCGCGACCAGCGUCGUGA